AUGGUUUUUAUUUUGGGUGUUGGUUGUUGGGGUGUUUUUUUUUGGGAUUGGUUGUUAGGGGUGUGGGUGUGGUGGUUGGUUGUGUUUGGUGUGGUUAGGGUGGGUUUGUGGUGUUGUGGUGGGGGGUGGUGUGGGGUUGGGGGGGGGUGGGUGUGGAGAGGGGUUUGUAGGGGGGGUGGUUUUGAUGGUGGGUUUGGUUUUAUAGGUUGGGUUGGGGGGGGUGUUGUGGAUGGAGUUUGUGUGUGUUGUGUGGUUUGGUUUGUUGGGGUUGUGGUGUGGGUGUGUGGGUGGUGGGUUGUGGGUUGUGGGGUUGGGUGGUUUGUGGGAUUUUAUUGUAUGGUAGAGGUGGAAUGGGGUUUGUGGUAUGGUUGGGUUGGUGGGUUUGUGGGGGUAGUGUUAUGUGGGAAGUUUUUGAUGGUGUAUUGGUUUAAUGGGGAAUGUUGUUGGGGUAGUUGUAUGAGGUAUGGGUUUAGAGGAAUGGAUGACGAGGUGUGUGGUGUUUGUGGUGUUUGUGUUGGUGGGUUGGUGGGUUGUGGAGGGUAUGGUGUGUUUGGGGUAUGUGGUUGA